AUGCCGUCUACGCCUUCCACCGAGGCCGGUCUAGGUGGUGCCGGCUCCACGUCCAUCGUGGCGGCUUCCAUCUCGUUCCUCGGCAGCUACUGGUUCGUGCUGCUCCCAGCUCUCUUCGUGACUCGCCUCCUCUACCGGCGCUAUGCCAUGCCGAUGAGCAAGUAUCCCGGCCCGGCCCUGGCCUCGGUCUCGCGCCUCUGGAAGGUCAUUUCCACCGCCUCGGGCCGCACCAACCUCCAGCACAUCGAUCUGCACCGCAAGUACGGCCCCAUUGUGCGCAUCGCGCCCAACGAGCAAGACCAAGUUCUACGGCGUGUUCCCCCGCCCGAGAACCCGGACAUCUUCACCGAGGUCCGCGAGCACGUCCACGCCCAGAAGAAGAAGGUGGCCAACGUGCCCUACAGCAUGGCGGCCAUGCAGCAGCUCAGCCCCUUCAUCGACGAGUCUAUUGAGCUCUUCAUGUCCAAGCUGGACGGGUUCGCCACGAGCAGCCAGAGCGCGACCAAGGGCCGCGUCGACCUCGGGGCCUGGCUCCACUACUUUGCCUUUGACGUGCUCGGUGAGGUCGCCUUUGGCCGCAAGUUUGGCUUCCUCGAGGAGGGCCGCGAUGUCGAGGGUGCCAUCAAGACUAUUGACGACAGCCAAUGGUACAACGGCAUCAUUGGCCAAAUUCCCGAGUUCGAUCACCUGUUCAGGAGGAACCCGCUCCGCAAGUACAUUCCCGGCAUGAGCACUGGAAACGCCCUCGUGACCCGCCUCGCCCUCGCCGAGAUGGACCGCCGACAACCCUUUACCAAGGACAACAUGGGCAAGAACCGUGUUGGAGAUGGGCGACAGGAUCUUUUGGCCAGUUUGAUCCAGGGUCACCUCAAGGAUCCCUCUAAGUUCUCCGAGGGUGACGUUUUUGCUGUUGCGCACGGUGCUAUCUUUGCCGGAUCCGACUCUACCGCUUCGACCAUGCAGUCCUUCUUCUGGCACGCCCUCGCUGACGCCCGUGUUCGCCGCAUCCUUUUCGAAGAGAUCCGUGCUGCUGUUGCCGAAGGUCGUGUCCCCAUCGACGGCAACCUCUCUUGGGUCGAGUCGCAGUCUCUCAGCUACUUCCAGGCUUGUCUCAAGGAGGCCAUGCGUGUCCGCCCGGCUGUUGGUCUGAACAUUACCCGUGUCGUUCCCCCGAGGGCGUGGAGCUUGAUGGUCAAUUUUACCCUGCUGGCACAGUCGUCGCUGUGA